CAGUAGCAAAGGUGUGUAUGUAAAGGGGGGAGCUGGGUAGCCCGCACCUUCGGGCUGCUACACAAGAAUCAGGUGACCAAUCCGAAGUGUAUCAGGAAGUGGCAAAGAUUCGGUCGACCUUAAUGACCAUCUGCAAAGUGAAGGCAAGGAAGUAACAAUCCGGCUUGGAUCCAGGAGGGAAGCAGAAAUAUUGAUCCAGAACAGCCUUGACGCCGGAGCGCCCGCCUGCAGAGACAAGCCCCAAGGGACCAGUCCGAGCCGGGUCGCCUUUCGGCCAACGUCGGCUGAUCGCCACUGAAUGUUGUCUCGGCAGUCUUUGCGUUUCCCAGCUGUUUGGAAGAAUGUACAGUAGCAAGAAGCAAUACGGCGGGCCCCCCACUGGCUAUGGCCCUCCCGGAGACAAUUAUGGCUAUGACAUCCAUUCGCCUCCCCCCGGCUCUUACUACGUAGAAGACGUGCCCCAGUAUUUUUACAAGUGGAAUUCUCCUCCUGGCGUGGUCAGGAUCUUGGAGGGCAUAGGGAUCCUGCUGUGUGUGGCCAUCUUUGCCUGUGUGGCGUCCACCUUGGCCUGGGAAUAUAAUUAUGGCUAUGGCGGUCUUUCUGGUGGCUUGAUGAGCGGCUACGGGAGCGGCAUGAGCUACUAUGGUGGUUACGGAGGUUACGGAGGUUAUGGAGGUUACGGAGGUUAUGGAGGUUAUGGAGGAAUGACCAACCCCCGGGCUGCCAAUGGCUUCAUGAUCGCCAUGUCCGUGCUGGCCUUCAUUGCUCUCCUGGCGCUCCUGAUCACCAGCCUCAGCAAGUCCAGCGGGUCUCGCUCCAGGAAGUUCUACCUGGUGGUCAUCAUUGUGUGCGCUAUCUUGGCCUUCAUCAUGCUCAUUGCUUCCAUCGUCUACAUCAUGGGGGUCAACCCACGGGCCCAGAUGUCUAGCAGCUACUAUUACAACCCCAUGUUGACCAUGUGCAACCAGGUUUACACCACAGGGGGGGCCUACAUGAACCAAUACCUCUACCACUACUGCAACGUUGACCCGCAAGAGGCUGUUGCGAUUGUCUGUGGUUUCCUCCUUGUCAUCCUUUUGUGUAUCAUUUGCUUCUUCGCAAGCAAGACGCGGCAGAAGAUCUGGAGGUUCGGGAAACCUAACAUUUACUGGGACAAGCCGCCGCCCUUCCAGGAGGGACCUAACGUGGAGGAGUGGGUGAAGAACGUUGCCGAUGGAGCUAGUACCCAUGACGACACGGCUACUCUGGCUUACUCAGAAAAGCCCAUGAGCCCCGUCAAUGCUCCUGCCAGCCCAUACAGCUACAGGGUCUCUCAGAACGGCUACUACGCCUCCGAAAACAGAAACAGCACGCCUUUACGCACGUCCACUGACCCUCCAGCCCGGACCUUUAGUUCCAGCACCUUAGAAGAGAAGGUCAAAGAGACUCCCAGAAAACCAUCAGCCCGCAGGGGACGGAGGCGACGGAAGAACCCUGAACUCGAUGAAUCCCAGUAUGAGACAGACUACACCACAGCUAUGGAGUCCAGCGACGAGCAAGAUCAGGACGAAUGGAAAAGCCUGUACCCGCCCAUCACUUCUGAUGGAGCCCGUCAGGAAUAUAAACAAGAUUUUGCUUCUGACCUGAAGCAUUAUAAGCAGCUGUGUGCCGAGAUGGACAGCAUCAAUGACCAGAUCAACCAGCUCAGCAAACAGUUGGAUCAUUUGCCCGAAGACAGCCUCCAGUACCAGGGAGUGGCGGAGGAAUACAAUCGGCUGAAGGAUUUAAAACGCACUCCUGAAUAUCAGAGCAAGAAAAUGGAAAGCAAGUCUCUUCGAAACAAACUCUUCCAUAUCAAACGGAUGGUGAGCGAGUACGAUAAAAACAGAGGCUAACUUACCCAAAGACACUCAUGACGCAGUAAAAAUGCAGUGGGGCGUUUUAAAGUCUUCAUUUUUCUGAUUUUCGGUACCGUCCUGGAGACAACAUCAUUGAUGAGUUUGCAAGCCAAUUUUGUAAGCUGAAAAAACUCAGCAGGGACACUGCACUCCGAUCUUCAAUUUAAAGCAGCAACAGAUUUUUUUUAAAAAAAACUUCACAACUUCUUUGUUCUUUUAUAUGCGGAAUGCUGAGUUUUUUCUGAAAACCACAGAUUGCAAAUAUAACUUUUCUUUUGUUAAAAAGAUGUUUUAAAAGAAAAAAAUGGUGCCAAAAUGAUAGGCUGCUGUUUGGAAAAAUCGUGUGGUGAUUGUGGACAUACAAAAGCCCUGGAUCAACGUUUUGUACAGUUUUAUUUUUAAAUUGCCUUAGUGUUCUCUUCUGUACUUGGAUUUCUGUGUUUCUUACUGCAAUGUAUUUACUUUAUUUUAUUUUUUACAACACCAUAGUGAGUCAGCUUCCCCCAAAGUGGCAUGAUCAAUUCUUCCAUGUGUAGGAAUGCGGGGGUAGGAAGAUGGCUGAAAUGGGGUUAAGUACCUAAUCUGUGGCUGUAAUAAACAUAAAACUGUUUGA